AUGGCCGUUGACGACGACCCCUCAAUCGCUGCCGUUGUCGGCAAUGGAGCUGGCAACUUUUCGAGGUCGCAGAAGUAUGGAAUUGUUGUAGCAGACCCAACACUGUUGGUUGUGGAUGUUCCAGGUGUCGUUGACGGGCUACGGCCUGGUUUCAGUACGGAAUGGGGAGCAGAAGAGUUGAAUGAGGUGGUGAAGGAGAUUGCCUCCUCGCCAUCCAACUCCGACUACGACGACGAUGCGACGGAUGCGGAAGGCAAAUCAAACAAGGAAUGGAGCGAUGGUGACAGGGAGUGA